AUGGCUCACUUACCUCAACAAGAAUCUGACAGUGACCGCGAGGAUGAUACUGCUACCGCCCGUGCCAAACGACGUAUUGCGGCUCUGGAGCAAGAGCUCGAAACUAUUAGGGCGAGCAAGCGGAGCAAGCCAUCCAACUCCAAUGUACACAAAGGACGGGGAAUUCGCCGGCUCGUUUCUCUGUUCGACAGCCUCGAGGACCUCGUGGCCGAAAACGAUCGACGCGAAGACUUAUUGCAAUCCCUCGAUUCCCAAGACGAGCUUGUCACGAGCCGAGAGUAUGUUCAAGAUAGGACAUUCAGCUCGUUUAACGAACUCCUUCGUUGCCUCCCAUGGCUAAAGAAGAAACUUUAUUUAGAUGUCGAGGAAUUGGAUUCGAUUUUGAAAGAGCUGCGAAAAGGCGCAGACAGCGCACGCGGGGACGACACCGCAAACCUCAAACACGCAGUAGUGUCAUGGCUUACAGAGCUUUUCCAUCCGUUGGACCCCCCCCUUCGCACCACAAUCAAAGACGAUCGGGGGUUUGUUCAUAACACCACCGGCAUGCUCUUGUGUCCGGUUGAGUAUAUGUGGUCCCUCUCUUCGACCAAGGACAAGAUUCGAGACAGGGAUUCGGACUUCUUAGUCACCGCUUACUCUUGGCCAGCCUUCAUAUACAAAGACUACUCGUUUGACUCGGCCAAUAUCGAGAAAGGUCUCUUUCGUUCUACUCUCCUCCUUAAAGCCUUCAAACACCUUUUUACGUCUCCGUCCUCCGCCAAAGAAAUCGACGCUGAUGGUAAUGGCGCUGAUGUCAUCACGGCAUCUCAACGCCGCCGGUCCUCGGAGAAUGACACCGUCAACCGUAGCCACCUUCGUUUCGCCCUUUCCAAUAUCAACUCCUGGCGAAGUGUUGACGGAGACUUCGACUACUACGAUUUCUACAACAACAUUGUAGACUUUUUUGAGGUCGUACCGGGCGCUGAUGCUCAGGCCCGCAUCAACGAGUUGCUCAAAUGGUGGAACAGGAAAGUCUUUGGAAAGAUCCGCACAGUUCCCCUUACUUCAGCACAGCUUGGGAAAUUUUCAGUUGCGAGGAUGAGUUCGCAGAGGGAAGCUCAUGAGGGGGAUUCUCCUUAA